AUGCCCUCUCGUUUUGGGGACACAGAUCCUCCUCCCUAUGAUCCGAGAGCUCAAACCCAGACCGUGUUCUGGGUUCAACUGGGAAUUUGUACUGGUCUUGGCUCUAUCAUUUUCUUUAUAUUCUGCCUUCUGAGAAGGCGUUUCCCUAUACUGUAUGCCAUCAGACCCUAUAGAAAUAAAAAGAUUCGAAUGCUUCCCGACAGUCUUUUUGGCUGGUUCACUAUCUUGUUCAAUAUAUCCUCCGAGGAUGUACUUCAGGUGGCCGGUCUUGAUUCAUAUGUCUUUCUUCGCUUCUUUAGAAUGUGUCUCAAGAUUUUACUGGUGAUGAGUUUUUUGGGUGCCUGCAUUAUGAGCCCUUUAAGAUAUUGGCUUACAGGUCAAUUCGAUAACGAUUUCUAUUUGCAGAAAGGCACUGAUGAUCAUGUAGAUCCACCGGUAUAUCUCUUGGUCUGCACCAUAUUUACCUACAUCUUUACCGGAGUCGUUUACUAUUUCUUAUUCGCCGAAACAAAGCAUAUUAUCAGAACCCGGCAGAGAUUCUUGGGUUCUCAGAAGUCUCUUACUGAUAGAACUAUCAUGAUCACCAAUGUUCCUAAGGCUAUGCGUGAUGAAUUGGUCUUGAAGAAGCACAUUGAAAAUUUGGGUGUAGGAUCAGUCGAUUCUGUUAUUCUUGUACGUGACUAUUCGAAACUCGCAGAGCUUUUUAAAGAGAGGGAGGAAUAUGUUGAGAGGUUGGAAAUGCUUUACUCUGAAUAUUAUGGACUUGAUGUCCGUAUUUGGUUGAAGCAUCGUACUCCUUCAACCACUCUUCGUGUUAAGCGUGAGGAAAGGCCUCCCAAAAAAGAUGAUAUUGUUUACUCUCCAAAUGUUGACAGUGUUAAUAUGUCUUCCGAUGGAUUUAUUACAGUUCUCAACUCUGAUAAGUCACGGCCUACGCAUCGUUUGGGACUUUUGGGUCUUUUUGGCAAAAAAGUCGAUUCGUUCAAUUACUAUUCUCACAGGCUUGUGAAUUUGGACAAAACGAUUCGUCAAAUAAGAGUUUCUGCAAAUUUCAAGCCAAUACCAUAUGCCUUCGUCAGCAUGAAGUCUGUUACUAAUGCCCAGAUGGCCGCACAGGCUCUUUUUUCGCCUAAUCCACUGCAAUUGGAAACCUGUUUGGCUCCAGCUCCUUUGGAUAUUGCCUGGAAUGAUCUCUUAUUGAGCGCUAAAUCGGUUUUUAUGCGUAAAAAUGGUAUCGAGUUGGUCUGUAUAGCCUUUUCUGCUCUUUUGAUUAUUCCCAUUCGCUACAUCACCUCGCUACUUAACGUGGAAUCUAUCAGAAAGAUCUGGCCAACACUUGGUAAAUACUUGUUGACUCAUGAUAAGGCUCGUACCCUCGUCACAGGUGUUCUUCCUCCUUAUCUCUUCACAAUAAUCAACUCGAUUCUUCCUUAUCUCAUCUCUUUCCUAUGUCAGUUGCAGGGACUUCCUUCCAAAGGUCAGAUUGAGUUAUCAAUCGUAAGAAAGAACUUCAUGUACAUCUUUUUCAAUAUGUUCCUUGUUUUCACUUUAUUUGGUACCAUCAGCAGCUACAAAGCCCUUCUUACAGACACUACAAAGAUUGCUCCUUUACUUGCAAAAUCCAUGAAGAGCCUUUCUCUUUUCUAUAUUGAUUUGAUAGUGCUCCAUGGUCUCACAAUGAUCCCAUUACAAUUGCUUCAACCAGGAGAUAUUUUCCUCAAUUUGUAUAGUCUCGUAUUUCUGCAUUUCCAGCAAACGCCCAAGAAGUAUCGCGAUCGAUUCUAUAAGCCUACGAUAUUUCAGGUGGGUCUCAUCUUACCUCAGCAUUUGAUGAUCUUCAUCAUCACAUUGAUUUACUCGGUGAUGUCCACGAAAAUCAUGAUUUGCGGUCUCAUAUAUUUCUUCGUUGGUUACGGCGUCUACAAGUAUCAGCUAGUUUAUGCUAUGGUGCAUCCCUACCAUAGCACAGGAAAGGUGUGGCCAAUUGUAUUUCAGCGUGUCUGUUUAGGACUCUUUUUCCUCCAUCUUCAGACUUUUGGAUCUCUUGCAUUGGAGCAGUCUUAUGCGCCUGCUGCCUUGAUGAUUCCGCUUUUUCCCACAACUCUUAUCGCAUUGAUGUAUUUCAAGCGUAAUUACAGACCUUUGCUUCAGUAUAUAGCUUUGGAUGCUAUUAAGACAGAGGGAGAGUCUGUGGAACCAGAUGGCGAUGAUGACUUAGAAAGUUUGAUUGCGGCUUCAGGAAUACAUAAGCGAGGGGAUUCGUUGAUGCUUACCGAUGCUUAUUAUGAUUCUAUUGAUUCUGUUGAUCAGCAACAGGGAGAGGAGGGCCAGGAGGAGGAUCCGGAACAGCAAGAGCAGCCGGAGCGGCCGGAGCAGCCGGAACAACAGUCGGCCAAUAUUUCCGAUGACGAGACUGACAGACUUUAUGAAGAUGAAAUAGCUAAUGUUUCUCAAAGCACAGAACAGCCCUAUAGCAGUAGUCAUAGGCUUCGAAGAAGGCCAAGUACGAUUGAAGAAGAAAGAGAGGCAUAUCAAAGCUACACAUAUCCAUGCUUGUUGGAUCCUAUGAAUGGUCCAUGGGCAGGGUUUGUUGGUGAUUAUAUUGAUAUAAUGAGAUACAGAACUGUUGCAAGAAUUCCACAUGGAAGUUACGGGUCGAUGGAACAAGCAGAGGAGGAUCUUGAAGCGUAUCCUGGGGAAAGUCAAGAGCUAAAAACAGAGAUAGUUCGAAAGGAAAGCUCCAAGAAUGAGUUAGACUGA